GCUGCAUUGCGGAGUGCCCCCAGGCCGCCCCUCCGCCAGGGCAGCUGGCUGGUGAAUGGGGCCGGGGCGCAAGCGGGCUGUAAUACCGCUCAUUAAAAAUGAAAAUAAAGGGUCUGUGUGCUUCUCAUCCGCCUCCUUCUCCCUCGCCCUGCAGGCAGCCGCAGCCCGCUCGCUUUGCUGGGUCUGUCUCUUCCCCUGGGCUGAUCAUUACCGAGUCACUAGCAGACUGCCGCAAUAAAUACCUGGCAUCCCAAAGAUUAAUGCCCAGGAGCCAGACGCCGGCCAACACUCCUGCCUUACCUCCGGUUUCCUGCCCUCUUGAGUGUGUGAGAAAGACAAGAAAAGUUUGUUCACUUUGGAAACUCGAUAGGAGGCAGCAGCUGAUCUUCCCAUCAUCAGCCUAAAAAUAAUCCACUCCAGGGCUUGGAGCUGCUUCACAAAGUGGAGGAGAAUCCUGCCAUCGGAAUGAUAUUGAUCACAUAGCACAACCAAGGGAAAACUGGGUUUGAUAUUUUGUGUGUGUAUAUAUAAAGUUUGCAACAGUCAGGCUGUUUGGAAGCAAUGAAAGUCGCAUUUUGUGGUAAUGACAACGCUUCUGCCUAUGACAUCAGUGCUGGCGUCCUAAAAAAUGUCUGCUUCGUGGAUGCCCUCAACCUGGUUCCCCAUGUCUUCCUGUUAUUUAUCACCUUUCCAAUUUUGUUUAUUGGCUGGGGUAGCCAAAGUUCGAAAGUCCAGAUCCAUCACAACACAUGGCUGCAUUUCCCUGGACACAAUCUGCGGUGGAUUCUGACAUUCACCCUCCUGUUCGUACAUGUCUGUGAAAUAGCAGAGGGCAUAGUUUCAGAUGCACAGAUGAAAUCUCGUCACUUGCAUCUCUUCCUGCCAGCUAUGAUGGGAUUUGUGGCUGCCACCACAGCUAUUGUCUAUUACCAUAAUAUCGAAACGUCUAACUUUCCAAAGUUACUGCUGGCUCUCUUUCUUUACUGGAUAAUGGCCUUUGUCACAAAAACCAUCAAGCUGGUCAGAUACUGUGAGGAUGGUGUGCCGCUCUCUCAGCUGCGCUUCUGCAUCACUGGAAUUAUGGUCAUUCUCUAUGGGCUGCUGAUGGCUGUGGAGAUCAAUGUCAUUCGAGUUAGGAGGUAUGUAUUUUUUAUGAACCCUCAGAAAGUAAAGCCUCCUGAAGACCUGCAGGAUCUGGGUGUGAGAUUUCUUCAGCCAUUUGUCAAUUUGCUCUCAAAGGCAACUUACUGGUGGAUGAAUACACUUAUUAUAUCAGCUCACAAGAAACCGAUUGACCUGAAGGCAAUUGGGAAGCUGCCAAUAGCAAUGCGAGCACUUACUAACUAUGUUUGUCUGAAAGAAGCAUAUGAAGAGCAAAAGAAAAAGGUGGCAAACCAGCCGAAUCAGAUUCCCUCUAUAUGGUUAGCAAUGUACAGGGCUUUUGGACGGCCAAUCCUUCUCAGCAGCACCUUCCGUUACUUGGCUGACCUGUUGGGUUUUGCUGGGCCACUAUGCAUAUCUGGCAUAGUCCAGAGCUUCCAAAAUACUAGCCAAAAUGCUACAAACACAACUGGAAAAUCUAAGGAGACAUCAAAUUCAUACCUCUCCUCACAGGAUUUUCUCGGAAAUGUUUAUGUCCUAGCAGUUCUUCUCUUCCUGGCCCUUAUCCUGCAGAGGACGUUUCUGCAGGCUUCCUAUUAUGUUACCAUAGAAACCGGCAUCAACCUGCGAGGUGCCUUACUGGCAAUGAUAUACAAUAAGAUCCUGAGGCUUUCCACAUCCAACUUGUCAAUGGGAGAGAUGACCUUGGGACAGAUCAAUAACUUGGUUGCCAUCGAAACAAAUCAGCUGAUGUGGUUCUUGUUUCUGUGUCCCAAUCUCUGGGCUAUGCCCGUUCAGAUCAUAAUGGGCGUGAUCCUACUCUAUAACUUACUUGGAGUAAGUGCAUUGGUUGGUGCUGCUGUUAUUGUAUUGCUCGCUCCAAUACAGUAUUUCAUAGCUACAAAGUUGGCUGAGGCUCAGAAGAGCACUCUUGAUUAUUCUACCGAGAGAUUAAAGAAAACCAAUGAGAUCUUGAAAGGCAUUAAGUUGUUAAAGUUGUAUGCCUGGGAGCACAUAUUUUGCACUAGCGUAGAGGAAACAAGAACCAAGGAGCUCAUAAGUCUCAAAACCUUUGCGCUUUACACAUCUCUUUCCAUUUUUAUGAAUGCAGCCAUCCCAAUAGCAGCUGUUCUUGCAACCUUUGUGACCUAUGAAUAUCAAAAUGAAACAACACUGCAGCCAGCACAGGCCUUUGCAUCACUGUCGUUGUUUCACAUCCUGGUCACACCACUGUUCCUGCUCUCCACCGUGGUUAGAUUUGCAGUCAAGGCCAUCAUAAGCGUACAGAAGCUGAAUGAAUUUUUCAUAAGUGAUGAGAUUGGAGAUGACAGCUGGAGAAGUGCAGAAAGCUCUGUGACCUAUGAAUCCUGUAAGAAGCAUACAGGACUUCAUACCAAAGCCAUAAACAGGAAACAGCCCUUGAGGCAUCAGCUGGACAGCUAUGAGCAGCCGCUGAGGAGACAGCCACGUCCCUUAGAGAUAGAUGAUAUUGCAAUCAAGGUUACCAAUGGAUAUUUUUCAUGGGGAAGUGGCUUAGCCACAUUAUCCAAUAUAAACAUCAGAAUCCCAACAGGUCAGAUGACAAUGAUUGUGGGUCAAGUUGGGUGUGGGAAAUCUUCACUUCUUCUGGCUAUACUCGGUGAGAUGCAGACCCUGGAAGGAAAAGUUCACUGGAACAACAUAAAUGAAACUGACCCUUCUUGUGAAGCAACCAGAAGAAACAGAUAUUCUGUGGCUUAUGCAGCACAGAAGCCAUGGCUGUUGAAUGCUACAGUGGAGGAAAACAUUAUCUUUGGAAGUCCUUUUAACAAACAGAGAUACAAAGCUGUUACGGAUGCAUGCUCUCUGCAGCCGGACAUUGACCUAUUACCAUUUGGUGAUCAAACAGAAAUUGGAGAGAGGGGGAUUAACUUAAGUGGCGGCCAACGGCAGAGAAUCUGUGUAGCUCGAGCACUCUAUCAAAACACCAACAUUGUCUUCUUGGAUGAUCCAUUCUCUGCACUGGACAUUCACUUAAGUGAUCACUUGAUGCAGGAAGGUAUCUUGAAGUUCCUCCAGGAAGACAAAAGGACACUUAUUCUGGUGACACAUAAAUUACAAUAUCUGCCACAUGCGGACUGGAUUAUAGCUAUGAAGGAUGGUUAUGUGCUCAGAGAAGGGACAUUGAAGGACAUCCAGACCAAAGAUGUUGAACUGUAUGAGCACUGGAAAACUCUGAUGAAUCGUCAAGACCAAGAAUUAGAAAAGGAUAUGGAAACUGACCAAACUACUUUGGAAAGAAAAACUCUCAGAAGAGCAAUGUACCCGAGAGAAUCCAAAGCACAACUGGAAGAUGAGGAUGAAGAGGAAGAAGAGGAGGAAGAUGAUGAUGAUAACAUGUCAACAGUAAUGCGGCUUAGAACAAAGAUGCCGUGGAAAACCUGCUGGAGAUAUCUUACCUCUGGAGGAUUUUUCUUACUGUUUCUGAUGAUUUUCUCCAAGCUCUUGAAACACUCAGUCAUUGUAGCCAUAGAUUACUGGCUGGCAAGAUGGACAUCCAUGGAGAAUGGAAAUAAAACAGGGGAUUCCAUAGACCCUCAACGCUCAAACAAGUCUUAUCAUGUAGCUGUGUUCAGCAUGCUUUGUGGAGCAGGGAUCGUCCUUUGCCUCAUCACAUCCCUGACUGUGGAGUGGAUGGGCCUCACAGCAGCCAAGAACCUUCACCACAAUCUCCUCAAUAAGAUCAUCCUCGGACCAAUCAGAUUCUUUGACACAACUCCCCUGGGGCUAAUUCUAAAUCGCUUCUCUGCUGAUACGAAUAUCAUUGAUCAGCACAUUCCCCCUACUCUGGAGUCUCUCACCCGGUCCACUUUGCUCUGCCUGUCGGCUAUCGGAAUGAUCUCGUACGCCACGCCGUGGUUCCUUGUGGCUCUUGUACCUCUUGGGGUAGCCUUUUAUUUCAUCCAGAAAUACUUCAGAGUGGCUUCCAAGGACCUUCAGGAGCUUGAUGACAGCACCCAGCUACCUUUACUCUGUCACUUCUCAGAAACAGCUGAAGGCCUCACCACCAUCAGAGCAUUUAGGCAUGAAGCCAGGUUUAAACAACAUAUGCUGGAACUGACGGACACGAACAACAUUGCCUACUUGUUUCUGUCAGCUGCCAACAGAUGGCUGGAGGUCAGGACGGACUAUUUGGGUGCUUGCAUAGUUCUCACUGCAGCUGUUACGUCCAUCACCCACGGGUCUGAUUCUGGUCUUCUGGGCCUGGGUCUCCUGUAUGCACUGACGAUAACCAACUAUUUGAACUGGGUUGUAAGAAAUUUAGCUGACUUGGAGGUGCAGAUGGGUGCAGUGAAAAAAGUGAACAGUUUCCUGACCAUGGAGUCUGAGAACUACGAAGGCACUAUGGACCCUUCUCAAGUCCCGAAAGACUGGCCACAAGAGGGGGAAAUCAAGAUUGAAGAUUUGUGUGUCCGGUAUGAAAAUAACCUGAAGCCUGUUCUGAAGCAUGUCAAGGCUUACAUCAAACCAGGACAGAAGGUUGGGAUCUGUGGUCGCACUGGCAGCGGAAAAUCAUCAUUGUCUUUGGCUUUCUUCAGAAUGGUAGACAUAUUUGAUGGGAAGAUUGUGAUUGAUGGAAUAGACAUUUGUAAACUGCCCUUGCACACCCUCCGUUCCAGACUCUCAAUUAUUCUCCAAGACCCCAUACUGUUCAGUGGUUCCAUUCGCUUUAAUUUGGAUCCAGAGUGCAAGUGCACUGACGAUAGGCUUUGGGAAGCUCUGGAGAUUGCUCAGCUGAAGAACAUGGUCAAAUCAUUGCCAGGAGGUCUUGAUGCGGUAGUAACAGAAGGGGGAGAGAAUUUCAGUGUGGGGCAGAGACAGCUCUUCUGUCUGGCCAGAGCCUUUGUUCGCAAGAGCAGCAUUCUCAUCAUGGAUGAAGCCACAGCUUCUAUUGACAUGGCCACAGAAAACAUUUUGCAGAAGGUUGUGAUGACUGCCUUUGUGGACCGCACAGUUGUAACGAUAGCACAUCGGGUUCACACUAUUUUGACUGCUGACCUGGUCAUUGUGAUGAAACGAGGGAAUAUUUUGGAGAAUGACACACCAGAGAACCUGCUGUCUCGAGAAGAUGGCAUCUUUGCUUCUUUCGUCCGGGCUGACAUGUGAAGGGUCACUAAAUCGCAUGCUGUAUUUUUAAUAGCUAAUUUUUAAACAAAUGAAAUCCAAAUAUUUUCUAUUCAAUGUAGCAUCACAUUAGCCUUUUCAAAGGUUUUUUUUCUUCAUGUGUCUAUCUUUAAAUAAUAAAACCCAUUGCAAUCCAUGUAUGCCUCAAAGCAAUAAAAGUGUCACUGUACCAAAUGCCAUUAAACUUCCCCCACACACGUUUGCAACAAUUUGAUUUCUUGGGAGUUUGGCAUUUUCCUUGGGAGGCAUCGAUUGCAUUUUUCUUUCUUGUAACGAGCAAAAGCAUUUGCUGCUUUUAGGAAUGGCAUGUGUUACAUUCGAACCAGUGAUCACAUGGUUUAAUUUAUCAUGAGAUUUACAGGGCCCCCAGGGUAUCCUCCCCGAGUUAAAAAAUAACUACAUGACAUUUGGUGUGAUCUGUUGCAUUCCACAGACAAGCUUUGCCUGCCAAAAUAUCUUUGUAAGCCAAGGAUAAAAAUCUUCCCUUGAAAGCAUAAUGUCGCAGCAUCCAAAAAGGGAAAGCCUCCUCUCCUCCACUUUAAUUCACAUGAGCUAGUUAGAACAAUGCUGUCUUUUAAAUGCUGCGGUGGUUACCAUGCACAAACCUAUCCAAGAUGCUUAGCCUGUAGCAAGCUUCCCUCGUGUUAUAAUAGCUCUCACUCUCUUCCCUAUGCACAUGCGUUUCUUUCAUUACGGGGUGGUGUACUCUCAGGAUGAGGCAGGAAUCUGCUCUUCCUAAUGGCAAUGGCAAAACAAUGUCAAAUGGAAGAGCUGGGAUGUUAUAAAGUAAAAAUGAAGCUCAGUAUUUUCAAAGCGUCAUGUUAGGCUCCUAAAUCCAUGUUUGUUCUAUGGACUCUUGAAAGUCAAAAGGCCAAACUCAUCCCUGGUAUAAUUAUAUUGGCUUCAGUAGGGUUACACUGGGGAUGAAUUUCAUUCAGUAUGUUAAAGACUCUGUAAUAAGGGAACUAUGGACUUGAAAGCCUGGCUGAAGUAUUCCAGUUAAUAUGUAAGGCCUGACCUUGCAAUUAGACAAUCAUUAGGAGCUAUUCAUCAAUCUGAACCUUCUUGUGGUAUUCUCUUAUCGUGGCCCUGUGACGGGUUGGGUCACAGAAACUCCCUCAAGACUGUCACUAGAUGUGCUGGGAUACCACUGAGAAUAAACCCCCUGCCAGAAAAGGCUUCCCUCCACUCCCGUCUUGCUGACCUAGACACACCAGUCAGCUCCAGGAUAGACCAAGAGGCUGGGCCAUGCCCCCCUGCAGUUCACAGAAACUAAGAUUCACUUAGCCCAGGGGCUUCUCAGUUAACAGGGACUUUCCCAGCACCCAGUAUUCAGUCUUUCUGGGAGCCUAAACCCCAAAUAAAUCCAUUUUACUCUGUAUAAAGCUUAUACAGGAUAAACUCAUAAAUUGUCCGCCCUCUAUAAUACUGAGAGAUAUACACAGCUGUUUGCUCCCCCACGUAUUAAUCACUCUGAGUUAAUUAAUAAACAAAACUGAUUUUAUUAAGUAUAAAAAGUAGGAUUUAAGUUGUUCCAGGUAAUAACACAGAACAAAGUAAGUUACCAAGCAAAAUAAAGCAAAACACACAAGUCUAAACCUAAUACAUUGAGCAACUGCAUACAGGUAAAUCUCACCGUUAGAGAUGUUCCAAUAAGCUUCUUUUACAGACUGGACUCCUUCCUAGUCUGGGUCUAGCAAUCACUCACAGCCCCGUAGUUACUGUCUUUGUUCCAGUUUCUUUCAGGCAUCUUUUGGGGGUGGAGAAGCCAUCUAUUAAGCCAGCUGAAGACAAAAUGGAGGGGUUUCCAGGGCCUUUUAUAUUAUUUCUCUUGUGGGCGGAAACCCCUUUGUUCUCCUGUGCAAAAUCACAGCAACAAGAUGGAGUUUGUAACCACCUGGGCAAGUCACAUGUUCAUGAAUGAUUCCUAUUUUUGCAGGCCGAUGCCAUUGUUUAAAUGUUAGUUUGAACAUUCCCGGGAAAGCUCUCCCAAAGAUCUUCAGUUAAGUGUUUCUUGAUUGGGCACUUACUGAGAAUAGUCCUUUCUCAAGAAGCUGACCAAAUGCUUCACUGAGGCUACUUAGAAUCAAACACAUUGCGAUACAAGUACAUAGCCAAUAUUCAUAACUUCAAAUACAAAAAUGAUAGCAUAAUUAUAACCAGCAAACUACAACCUUUCCAUAGACACCCCACUUGACCUCCUCUGUACAAGAUCUGGUGCAACCAUAGGACCCAGGUUGCAACCAUGAUCUAUAUGGUCACCGUUCAUGUCAAUAACAUCACAGACCUCCCCCCCCCAAUACUCUUCACAGUUCUACAGCAUUUCUUAAUCAAACCCUGAGCCCGGGGACAUGAUUUUCAAAGCAGUCUAGAGGAUUUUGAUACAUCUUAAUGCAAGGUAUGUGUCUAAAUUCCUUAUGUGCCUUUAAAAAUCUCAACCGGAGAUCUCUCUACACCUGACUAAUAUUUAGGACUAGAUUCUGUACUUCUAUUUGUGCACAUAAAUCCCACUGUACUGAUGGGAAUUUUUCAUACAUACGUCCAAAGGCAGAAUCUGGCCCAUAAGCUUUUUGGGGGCUGGUACUAUUAAACACGAGUCAUACGUAUCCACUAAUGUAUGUCUAGGAAGGAAAGAAACAUGGUGCUAUAAUGACCUAUUUAAUAUUUAAAAAAUUAAGAGAUAAGUUGCAGGGAGGAAGAAAUGAUCUCAACAGCUGAGAAUUUGAGGUGUUUAAGAUCUGCAUUCAAAUUUUGCAGAUUUAUCCUGAUAAUGUAAAGAGAAAAAAAGUGGUACAGCGAUUUACUAGUGAGCCAUCUUGACUAUCUGAAAUGAGUCUGUAGCUCACUUAGCCAGCCCAAAGAAAUCAUUCAGUAACAUUUUCUGAGGAGCAGCACGUCUCACAAUUCUUGUUGUUUGCUGGAUAAAUGCACUGUGUUGACCUCUGUCAUGCAAUAAAUAAAUAAAUAAAUGAAGCA